ACCAAGAUGGCUACAAGAACGCUCCAUGUUGCAAAGAAAUUUUUAACAUUGUCAACAUUUUUAACUUUAUUGAAAACAUGUGCAAGUGGAACUUCAAAACCUAUUAUAGCAACUUUGGAUGCAAAGUGGUCAUCUUCACCAAUAAUACUUGAAGCAAGUGAGUUUUUAGCUAAAGAAGGAAAUGACAAAUUUUGGGAUUUCAUAGAAUUGACAAAAUCUUACCACAUGCACAAAACACCAUUUGAGCAAUAUAACUUCGUUAUUAAAUCAGCUGAGAAGCUUUUAUCUCCAACUUUACUUAAUUUAUUAAAGUUUUCUUUAUCAAUCAGAAAUUAUUCUCCGACAAUUGAAUUAUUUAACCAGGUUGCAAAACAGUUAGCAGUGCCACAAUGUGCAAAUUUUAUUGAAGUUAAAUCUCGGUUAACUUGUAAUGUUGACGAAGCUAUAAAGUGGAUUAAUGAAGGAAAAGACAGCUCUGAAUUCUUCACAUACAAGUUUGAUCACAUAUAUCCAUCCAGUAACGUUAAUGAGGUCACUGUCAUUCUCUAUGGAGAACUUGGUACGACUAUGUUUGAAGUGCUUCAUGAAAAACUUCGACAGCUUGCUAUUAAUGGAAAGAUAAGAUACCUAUUACGUCAUUAUGUUCAGGCUUUGUCAAAAGAUAAAGUUCGUCUAUCGGGUUAUGGAGUUGAACUUGCUGUGAAAAAUACAGAAUAUAAAGCAGUGGAUGAUAGUAAGAUAAAAGGGGCUACAGACGAUGUCGUCACGUCAGAUGGUGCUGAAGAAGAAGAUAUUGAUGGAUUUUUGUUCAACAAGCUGAGAGAUUUGCAUCCAGAUUUGAAAGAUGAAUUGGAACAAUUCAAGUCUCAUUUAAAAGAAAAUGCAAAAGUUAUGGCUCCUUUAAAGGUUUGGCAGUUGCAAGAUCUAAGUUUCCAAGCUGCUCAACGAGUAAUGUCGACUGAAGGGCAUGCUGCUCUUGAUGUUCUUUUGGAUCUCAGUCAAAAUUUACCUUCUAAAGCUAGAUCGUUGGUUAAAACGAAAGUUAAUGAGGAGAUGAGGAAGGAAGUUUUAAGAAACCAACAGGCUUUUGAAAAACUUGAAAUCGGUCCAGGUUCAACCGAACUCUUCAUCAACGGCCUGCACAUGUCUGUUGAAGAUCUUAAUGCAUUUGAAUUGCUGGGACUUUUAAGAGAAGAAGGAAAAGUUUUUGAUCUGCUUUCAAGUAUUGGCAUUAAGGGCGCGGAUCUCUUUGAUUUAGUAGCAACAUCAGUUGAAGCUGAACAAGAAACGCUCGCUGUUGAUAUGCGACAUCAUUCUGUUGUUUUUGUUAAUGAUCUUGAACGCGAUGCUAUUUAUCGUGAUUGGCCUUCAUCCAUCACCGAGUUACUACGCCCUACUUUUAUGGGAAUGUUAAGAUAUAUCGCGAAGAAUAUCUACAAUCUGAUCGUUUGUGUGGAUCCAGUAGCUGAAUCAACGUCUGAACUUAUCAACAUGAUUGAUGAAAUGUAUCAAAAUCAAAUGCCCAUCAGGUUUGGUAUUCUCUUUGUAACUGAAGCAGAUGACAAUAUUGACGGUACACUUAACGCUGCUGUGGGAAUCGCUCGAGCAUUUUAUUUCAUCAACAAUGACGAAAGUUCAGCAGCGGCUUUUGCUUUUUUGACUAAGCUCUACGUGGUUGGUGAAGGCGUACCUACAGCAACGCAAGUCUAUGACCAGUUUAAAAAUCUCUAUAGUAAAGAUGAAGCUGAUGAAAUUCUUGGAGUUGAUACUGAUCACGAUGAUGCAAGGAAGGCUGCAAAGUAUUUCUUUGACCGUAGUGGAUUGAGAAACUUGCCUCAGGCUCUUAUGAAUGGAGUACCUUUAAAUAUGGAUGAGAUCAGCUUGUUUGAAGAAAUGAUCGGUCGUGAACUAAUGGCACAGACAGGACCUUUACAGCAAGCUGUAUAUAUGAACCAACUACGAGACGAUAUGGAUGUUUACAAAUAUAUGAUGGAAAAACCAAACGUAGUAAAACGGUUAAAUACCAUCAUUCAGGACUCUAAAAACGCACAUAUUGAUUUGGUCGGAAAAUCUUGGACAGAAAAUCUUCCAACAACGACGCAAGAAAUUAUGAAUAUUAGGCAUGAUCAACUUGUGGAUAUUGUUUGUCGAACAAUGAAAUACUUUAUAGGGAAAAAUGAUAUGGAGCUACGGCCCAUUACCUAUUGGAUUGUUACUAAUGUUAAUACUCUUGAAGGAAGGAAACUUUUAAGUGCAGCAUUGAAACAAAUGACAAACUCAGAAAACAACAGGGUUGGAGUCAUCCACAAUUCAGAAGACGACAAAAACACAAUUUAUUCGUUAGCCGUUGUUAUAGAAGCUAUAGUACACACAGAUUCCUAUGUUACUCCAGCAAUUACAUCAGCUGUGACCUACCUGCUUAAUGAUGUUACUGAUUACAAUAAAAUUACGUCCAAUAUUGAUGAUAUUGUUGAAUUACUAAAGUCAGUUAAGAACUUGAAAAUAUCAGUACUUAGAGAAAACCUUAAGAAUCAUGUAGAUAGUUACAAGUUGAAGAUAACUAGUCAUCUGUUGUUUUGUAAGAAAGUUUUACACUUUAAAAAAGGAGAUAUUGGACUUGUGGCCAAUGGCAGGGUGUUAGGUCCAUUGGAAAAAAAAGACAUUUUUAUCGCUGAUGAUUUUGAACUUCUUGAAAACUUUGAUAUGGAUAAAUAUGGUCGAAAGAUUCGUAAUAAGGUUGAUGCUUUCGAAUUUGUUGAUCUUGAGGCUGACGAUGAUACGAGUGAAUAUCGAAGCAAUGUGAUCAUGAAAAUUGCAUCAGUACUUGGUUUAAGAUCAAAGAAACCUCGACAAAACAUUUCAUUUGAAGAACAACAUAGUAUGCUGCAUUUUGCAAAUAAUGGUUCGGGAAUAAACGUUGUUGCUGUCCUCGACCCACUGUCGAAAGAUGCUCAGAAAUUAAUUCCAAUUUUAAUGGUACUGCGUAACAUCACAGAAGUAAAUUUAAAGAUUUACAUGAAUUGCAGAGAAAAGUUGUCUGAGCUACCUCUCAAAAGGUUUUAUCGCUACGUUUUGACACCAAAUUUACAAUUUGAUGACAAUGGAAAUUUAGUGUCUGAACCCCGUGCAGAAUUCACAGAUAUACCUGAAACACCUUUGCUAACCAUGAAUCUUGAUAUACCACAAGCAUGGAUGGUUGAAGCCGUUAAAUCUCCUUAUGAUUUAGAUAAUAUCUACUUAAAAGAGGUGGAGAAAAUGGUUGUAGGAAAUUUUGAAUUAGAAUACAUAUUAAUUGAAGGUCAUUGUUCCGAUGCAAAUACUGGACAACCUCCUCGUGGCUUGCAGUUUACUUUGGGGACUAAAUCAAAUCUGGAGCAGUUUGACACAAUUGUUAUGGCAAAUUUGGGAUAUUUUCAACUGAAAGCUUCACCAGGAUCGUGGAUGUUACAACUUCGAGAAGGACGUUCUAGUGAUAUUUUUGAAAUUGAGAGUCUGACAGGAUCAUCCACUGUGAAAUAUGGAAAAAAGGAUGUUGUUAUUGUUGAUAACUUUCUGGGAGAAUUUCUCAAAGCUAAGGUGAAGCGAAAACCUGGGAGAGAAAACGAUGAUCUUCUUGCUGAGGACGAGAAGAAAGAAGAAAGUGGGAUAUGGGACUCUUUAUCUAGCAUCGUAGGUGGUGGUAAACCUAGCAGUUCACACAAUGACACCAUCAAUAUAUUCUCGGUUGCAUCAGGACAUUUGUACGAAAGAUUCUUAAGAAUAAUGAUGUUAACUGUCAUGAAAAAUACACAUAAUCCAGUGAAGUUUUGGUUUUUAAAAAAUUAUCUCUCACCAACAUUUCAGGCUUUUGUACCAUUUAUGUCAAAGGAGUAUAAAUUUGAGUAUGAAUUCGUACAAUAUAAGUGGCCAGCAUGGCUCCACCAUCAAACUGAGAAACAAAGAAUUAUUUGGGGCUACAAAAUCUUGUUCCUUGACGUUCUUUUCCCUCUUAGUCUAAAGAAGAUCAUUUUCGUGGACGCAGAUUUGAUUGUCCGAGCUGAUCUCAAAGAACUGAUGGAGAUGGAAUUAGAACGUGCUGCUUAUGCCUACACGCCAUUUUGUGACAGUAGAACUGAAAUGGAUGGAUUUAGAUUUUGGAAACAUGGUUACUGGAGAAACCAUUUGGGACGAAGACCUUACCACAUUAGUGCUCUUUACGUGAUUGAUCUGAAGCGUUUUAGAAAACUGGCGGCUGGUGAUCGUCUACGUGGUCAAUAUCAGGGAUUGAGUCAAGAUCCAAACAGUUUGUCUAAUCUCGAUCAGGAUCUUCCUAACAACAUGAUCCAUCAAGUUCCAAUGAAAUCCCUACCUCAAGAAUGGUUAUGGUGCGAGACUUGGUGUGAUGAUGCUUCCAAAUCUAGAGCAAAGACAAUUGAUUUGUGUAAUAAUCCAAUGACAAAAGAGCCAAAAUUGGUCAGCGCUGUACGUAUUGUUAAAGAAUGGCAAGAUUACGACAACGAAAUUAAACAACUUCAAGAACGAGUUUCUCACCAAAUAAAUAAAUCUGCUGAUGAAAAUAGUUCACCUAAAAGAGAAGAGUUAUGAUGGCGUAAAAUUGUCUCUAUAUCACUGCCGUUCUGUGUACGUUCAAGUAGAAAUUUAUUUGCUUUCAGAACUCGUCUACAGCAGUGAUUAAAUAAAAGAAAUGUCAUUUUGCGUAGCUACCUUCGUUUGUCGAAGAUCGUCUUUAUUAGUGCGAGGGGAUAGGGGACUUUAACCAUUACCACGAGUAAAAGGAUUAUGUGUACAAACGUUACAGACUUUCGUGGAGGAAACAGUUCUGAUUCAAAUGGUUGUAAAAAAAACACAAAAUUUGUUUUCAUAAUAAGAUAUCGAUGACUGUUUGAACUAAAAUCACCAUUAUACGAAAUUCGCCAGCAAUAA